UUAUGAUAAAAUUUAGUGCUCCAAUCUUUCUAUGAAAUAAUAUAGAUAAUUUCGCGGUGCUGGCAUUAAACUUGAUAAGCUUGAUAAGAUAACGUAUUAAUUAGAUUUACCUGUGGUAGUAUGUACGUCGGAUGAAUCCAGACAAGUGAAAAAAGAUGGAAAAGUGGUUAAUAAUUUUGCUGUACAUCAUACACUUCGCAACAGCCGGAGAAACUAACCAAAAUUCGUCCAACAUUUGCACGCGAUGCAAAUGCAACAGUAAGGACGAGUUCCUUCUGGACUGCACCAAUCAAAACUUUGAGCACAUCUUGGCGGAAUGGCCUCCCCAUAACCAGUCGCUGGUCGCCACUUUUAGUUAUAACAACAUCACAAAUUUAGGACAACUUCCGGCCACGAAUCAAACAGCCAAAUUUGUUUUCGAUCAUUGCCGUAUCAAGCAUUUGGAAGAUAGAAUGUUCUUUUUGAUUCAAAACGUCGAAUAUAUAGAUCUGAGUCACAAUUUGUUAACCACCGAAGCAAUCUCCGGAGAGGUCUUCAAAGGUCCCUACAGUGAUAGACAAUAUCGUCCUAUCGGAGUAAAAACUUUGAAUUUAGCGUACAAUCAGAUCCACAGUCUAAAUACCAAGUUUUUCGAACAUAUGCCUUUACUAGAAGACCUCUACUUACAAGGCAACGAUUUCAGCGUUUUGGAUCCAUCGACACAAAUUGCUUUAGGAUCUUUAACGAAUAUAAAGGUUCUAAACUUAGCAGACAAUGAAUUGACGGUAAUAGAAGAAAAUGUGAUGAGAAACGUACACAGCUUACAAGACCUGGACUUAUCUUCCAAUCAUUUUGAUUUUGUUCCGAAACCAUUGAGUUACAUCAGUAAAAACCUGCAGAUCCUUAAUUUAAGCAACAACUACAUAUUCCAGCUGACCGAUGAAAGUUUCCUGGGAAUGAAUUUAUCUGAAUUGUACUUAAAUAACUUGCCACGACUAAAAUUUGUCGGACCGAACACUUUCGCAACUUUAAGACGACUGAAAAAACUACAUUUGCGUGACAAUCAACAAUUGGAAUUUAUCGACAGGGAAGCUUUCGGGGAAACUCAAAUUCUCGAUGAGUUAGAUAUAAGCAACAAUUCCCUAGUUGAUUUGGAUCCGAGCUUGACGAAGUGGUCAAAACUAAAGAUAUUCAAAGUAAACCUCAAUCCUUUGGAGUGCAGUUGCAGUUUGUACAACAUAUCGCAAGCUCUGCCAACAUCAAUAACCAGAAAUCGAAACAGUCCUAUGUGCAUAGACGUAGGAAACGACGAUGGUAGUGAAAGAAUUUAUUCAUUAACGGCCGAUAUAUGUAACCAGGAUCGACAAUCACAUAGCUCCAAAAUAACCCAACAUUUUAACAAAAUCAGACUCAUCAUGAUAAUACUAAGCUCAAUUUUGCUAGUUGUGACGGUACUUGGAGCUGUUGUAGCUGUAUUGAGAUUCAGGAAGUUAAUCGCGUUUAAAAACUACCCAUUUUCCGCUCAAGUAAGCUACUUCCCAGUGCAAACAACGCAAACACAGCACAUAUGAUUAAUUUGUGAUUUUUUUGUUAAACAUCGUAGUAAUGUAGUCAAAUCAUUUACCAAAUAAUCGCAUAGAAUUGUUAGUAUAAGCUAUUAUAUGAUAUUUUGUAUGGAUUUUUUUGUAUAUAUUAAUAAAUACCUACUUAUGUACAUAA